GCAGUGCUAACUCAACUCACAGAAAGGACACACAGCCCCCACAUUCAUCCCACGAUGAGGAUGCCACGCCAGAGGGUUCACACAGGCUCGCCCCUGCCCGGGCCUCUAACCUCCCGAUGCCGGUGAGGGAGGUGCCAACAUGCGGGGUCGGAGGUCGGCACGGGAGACCCAGAGGAGCCGAGGACUCCCGUCAGCGCAGGUGAGCUCUCCCGAGAGUGUCUGCACAGCACCCCUCGCUCAACGCGGAGGUCCUGGCGCCAUCUGUCCCCGCGCCGAGUUACUGCAUGACCCGUCCCUUCCCCAGGCGGCACUUCUCUGCGACACUGGACUGUCUGAAAACCCAGCUUGCAGACUCUUCUCUAAUACGCUGUUGCCAGAACCGCAUCCCCCAGCAGCUGCUCCAGGACCCCCACACAGACCUGCUUGGUGACCACACCCCCAGGCACACUGUCCCCACAGCAAGGGUGCUGCGUACAGAGCUGCUUGCACGGAGCCCCUCGGUCCCAGGCUAACGACCACCCAUGCGACCACACACCUGAGUAAACACAGCCUUGGCACCUCCCCCACCUAGAAAAUGCAAACCCACCGUUACCUUCAGGAGUAAUCCGCAUGCUUCUCCUCGACCACACAACUUUGCAAAAGUAAAUCUCUAACCAAACACCCCAAGAGCAAAGAUUUGCAAAUUGCACUUUUUUUUUUCUGUUGAAAGGACCCCCCCACCCCGUUCUGGAAUAUACUGAAUCACAUUAUAAUGUUGCAACAGCGUCAGAGCGUAAUUAACCUGUGUUGCUUCACAUUCCCCAUGUGGCAAUUGUUGAAGCCAUGGCUUUUAUAAGGGACCAGAAGGAGGGCAGAGGCCGACCUGCCAUCCGGUGACCUGGAGGCACUGUUGAGGCGGGGGUCCUACCUGAAGGAAGGUCGGGAUGGCAGCGUUUGCAGAAAAGGCCCCGUUCAGUCUGAGGACGCUCCCAGGCCUGCUGCUCUUCUCCGUGCAGCUGUCCCAGGCCCUUCCAGUCCCCGGAGGAUCCCCAGGAGAGAAGAACGCACAACUUGUCCAGGAUUACCUGGAGAAGUUCUACCAGUUACCGAGGGAAGGACUCCGGUCGGAGAGGCAGAACAGCCCUAGUGUGAUCGUUGAGAAGCUGAAAGAGAUGCAGCGAUUCUUCGGGUUGGACGAGACGGGGAAGCCCAGUCAGGAGACGUUGGAGGUGAUGCAGCAGCCUCGCUGUGGUGUGCCCGACAGCGGGGACUUCAUGUUAACCCCGGGGAACCCCAAGUGGAAAGAAACCAACCUGACCUACAGGAUUAUUAAGUACACGAAACAGUUGUCAGAGGCUGACGUGGAAACAGCUAUUAAGAAAGCCUUUCAAGUGUGGAGUAACGCAUCACCCCUGACCUUCACCAAGAUCUCGCAGGGAGAACCAGACAUCAAGAUCGCUUUUGUCCGGGGAGAUCAUGGCGACAAUUCUCCAUUCGACGGACCCAAUGGAAUCCUCGCUCAUGCCUUUCAGCCAGGCCAAGGUAUUGGAGGAGACGUUCACUUCGAUGCAGACGAAACAUGGACCCAAAAUUCCAGCAAUUACAAUUUGUUUCUUGUUGCCGCCCAUGAAUUUGGCCACUCCUUGGGGCUCGCUCACUCCACUGACCCGGGUGCCUUGAUGUAUCCCAACUACGCUUUCCGCGACCCCAGCACCUACACCCUCCCUCAGGAUGACAUCAACGGCAUCCAGACCAUCUAUGGUCCUUCAAGCAACCCCAUCCAACCAACCGGACCAACUACACCCACAGCCUGUGACCCCAGCCUGACGUUUGACGCCAUCACCACCCUCCGUGGAGAAAUACUAUUCUUUAAAGACAAGUACUUCUGGAGGAAACACCCUCAGAUGAGAAGAGUCGAACUCAAUUUCAUCUCUCUAUUCUGGCCAUCCCUGCCCGACGGUAUACAGGCGGCCUAUGAGGAUGUGGACAAGGACCUUGUUUUCCUAUUUAAAGGCUGUCAGUACUGGGCUCUGAGUGGCUAUGACAUUGAGCAAGGUUAUCCCAGGAGCAUCUCAGACUAUGGCUUCCCAAGCAGCGUCCGAGCAAUCGAUGCAGCUGUUCACUACAGGACACAAACCUACUUUUUUGUGAAUGACGAAGUCUGGAGAUAUGAUAAUGAAAGACAAUCCAUGGAAGCAGGUUAUCCUAAAAGUAUACCAAGUAUGUUUCCAGGAAUAGAAAGCAGAGUUGAUGCAGUUUUCCAGCAGAAUUAUGUCUUCUAUUUCUUCAGUGGACCAAGAUAUUAUACAUUUAAUCUUGGUGCUCAAAGGGUUACUAAGAUUGAUAGAAGCAAUAAAUGGCUCAACUGCUGAUAAAGCAAAGUCACACAUGUUUGCAUCCACUUUCUACACAUGGAAGGAAAGUCUACAUUGCAUAACCAUUUUCCUGUGUCCUGUUUAUACUUUUCUCAACAAUAAGUAAUGCUGUUCACUAUCACUGUACUCACUGGACCUGCCUUCAGUGAAAAUACAUUUGGCGUGUCCUGUUGUCUCCAGGGCUGAUUGAGUUCCUACAGAUUCCAUCUCAAGAGAGGAGGUGAAGCCUUCCUUGUCACCUCAAUAUUCACUAUUUCGCUACUUGCUUACCUGACUUCUAAAAUGCUCAUAUACGCCUAAAUCUCCUACAUAUAAUUCAGCACUGGGCUUUGAUGAAAUGUAGAGACUAGGAACAGCAUGAACAGUACCUCUUGCCUUUACUGAAAAUGUAGUGCUAUUUUCCACUUUUGGAAAAAAAAAUGUUGAUCCAUGUUGUGGCUUGAAUUGUGUCCCCCCAAGAAAGAUAGGUCAAAGUCCAAUCCUAGGUACCUAUGAACAGACCCUAUUUGCAACUAGGGUCUUUAAAGAUGCGAUUAGUUAAAAUGAGGUUAUGCUGGUGCAGGGUGGAGGUAGGGACUGGUGUCCUUGUGAGAAGAGGAGCCACCAGACACAUGGCGGACAAGGACAAGAGAACAUAAAGACAGACAUGGGAAUGAUGCAUCUACAAGCCAAGUACAGCCAGCAGCCACCAGCAGCUAGGAAGGAUCCUUCCCAGAGCCUUCAGAGAAAAGAACUUUAUGAUCCCGACUCCUUGGUUUUAGACUUGCAGCUCCCAGAACCGGAUAGAAUAAACCGGGUUGGAGUUUGUGGCGCUUCCGUACGGCAGCCCUGGGGUAUCCACCGGCUGGUACAGUAAUUCCGCUUUAAGAAAGUGAGUCAACACAAAACAACAAAGUUGAACCCUCAGUAAGGAUUGCUGUCGUCUUCCCCAAAAGGAGCAAAACGGGGAGGUACCACUUUCUCUUCUGUCUCCUCCCAGCUCUGUCCUUGUAGAGUCCAAGCAAAUGAACUAGUGACUGGAAAUGUUGUUCCUUAUUUCUUUUUUCCCCAAGGACACGCAGGAGGGCACACUCUACCCAUAAGUGGGAUUUACUGUACAAACAGAACAGUUCUGGGCACAAAAUUCAAUGAAUCUCAUUAUAUUAAACUAAGCUGAGAUGCAUACACUUGAUAAUGGUUCUUUCCUAUCAAGAACUUUAGGAUUCUGGGACCCUAAUGGCUAAUUCAGACAUCAAAAUCAUUAUAAUGUCAUAUUUGCAAUUGUUAGAAUAUAAUACAGCUUAUUACACAUUAAAUAACUGAACUGUAAAAUAUAUUUAUUAUAUUCUAUUUUCUUUUUCUGUUCGUUUUUAAAUCUCACAGAUAAUUAGUUUAGUAAUUUGGCACCUUAUUCUGCCUCAAAAAUUAUUGAGUUUGAAAUAAACAUAUUAA